AUGGCGAAUGAUUUUCAUACAUGGCAAAAAGCAGCUGUCCUCCAGCACAUCGCCAAAGCUCAUAACCUGAAAGGUCAACUGCCUGAAGGGAGCAUGGAAUCUUUGGCAACAACCAUUCGUUUCGUCACGCUGAACUGCCGAACACUAUCGAGUGGACUCCAACAAGCCGCUCUAUGCAGGCUUCUGCGAUAUCUCUGGGUGCCUUUUGCUGCACCGCAGGAAACGCGCAUGAGAGCUCGGCCCGUCAUCAGCAUCGAAAAUUACACCAUAUACUGCGGCGAUGCUGAUGAGAACAAAGUAGAUGGCUGCGCGAUAGCUGAGGAACGAUUACAACAACCUGGAGAAGGAAUUUGGCUCAACUUCGUCUAG